ACGUCUACCGUCAACACGUUUACGUUCAAACGUUAACGUUCAAGCUCAAGCCUCGACAUCAACGACCACCGUUCUGACCGUGUAUUGCAUGUCGCUCGAGCUUAGCUCACCUUAAUCUAUAGCGGCGGAGAAAGACAUAUAGAUCAACGGCGCUCAAGACCGUGUGGAGUAUGUCUGCUCUUUUCAAUUUUCAAUCCCUCCUACUCGUCAUUCUUCUUACUAUCUGCACUUGCACGUAUGUGCGCGCCGUUGCACCACGACUAAUAGACAGGAACAAGGAAGGGUUUUUAGGUCUAUUCUGGAUGUCAGCACGUAUCGGAGAACGUUUGUCACCUUACGUUGCACUCGCAUGUAUUGCCAUGGCUAUUACUAUUCUGGUUCAAUAAACACGUAUACCGGGGAAGCCAGUGGGAUUUCGAUUCUGAGCCUCGGCCUCGACAGUGACAAUCCCAUGAUCACAUUCGAGAUGGGUGCAAGGAUGAGUCAACUGGAAAUAAUGGUUCCGUAUGAUGCUCGGUUAAAUGAUAACUUAGCAGGCGGUUCUUAUGGUCCUUGUGAACCUUGGUAGUACAUACGGAUGUUUGCUGCAAAGGCGGAGUGGACAGCAAUACAGCCACAGGAGGGACGUUAUGCAACGUGGCGGGAGAACGGAUGAAGACAACGUCGAGGUAGUACUAGCGACUCGGUCAAGGUAGCGAUUGUCGAGAUACGGGGCUCGA